UGAGGUUUAUAAAUUAUAAGAUCUUAUUGUUAAGGGUAUUGUUAAAGAUGGCUCUUACUGUAACUGAAGUUUAUUGUCAAGUACUCAAGUUCAAAUCACUAUCACGGCGCGGUUGCCGAUAGAAAAACCCCCCAAAACACUCCCUUUGUUCUUCUCCAAUUAAAUCUCAAUUUCAACUCCCAAAAUUCUCACGCAGAUUGAAUCAAACAUAUCCAGAGGACGGCAGAAGUAUAUGCGUGAGAACUAAUCUGUUAAAAACAAUGGCUUCCAGAGAAACCUGCCGAACUGAGCUCCGUUCCGCCGUCCGCCACCUCAGCGACCGCGGCUUAUACUCCGCCGCCAAAUGGUCAGCGGAGCAGUUAAUGGGGAUUGAGCAAGACCCCUCAAAGCACCCCCCUUCACACACUCGAUUCCAGCGGGGGAGCUCCUCCAUUCGCCGCCGCUAUCGGACGGCCGGCCCGUCGGACGCCUCCGCCACCCCUUCCGGCGGAGUUUCAUACGUCACCACCCCAACAAUGUCGGGGCCCGAGGAGUACGAUUAUGAUAUGAUGGAUAGCGAUAUUUAUCUGCUGGCAAAGUCUUACUUUGACUGCAGGGAGUAUAGAAGGGCUGCUCAUGUGCUGAGGGACCAGACGGGCAAGAAAGCCGUGUUCUUGCGAUGCUAUGCACUUUAUUUGGCAUCCACGUGCUAUAUUUCAUCUCAAGCAUUGAGCUCUGGCAUGCAUAGUGCUGGAGAAAAGCGAAAAGAAGAAGAGAUGAUAGAACUCGAGGGACCUCUAGGCAAGAGUGAUGCCACUAACCGAGAGCUCGUCUCUCUAGAGAGAGAAUUAUCAAACCUCCGCAAAAACGGUACAAUCGACCCUUUUGGUCUUUACGUGUACGGUUUGGUCCUCAAGGAGAAAGGCACUGAAAAUCUCGCAAGAUCUGUUCUUGUGGAGUCCGUAAACAACUACCCUUGGAACUGGAGUGCUUGGUCUGAGCUUCAAACACUAUGCACCACAAUCGAGACGCUAAACGGUCUCAACCUUAACAACCACUGGAUGAAGGACUUUUUCCUAGCCAGCGCCUAUCAAGAACUCCGCAUGCACAACGAGUCCUUAGCCAAAUACGAGUAUCUUCAAGGGACUUUCACUUUCAGCAAUUAUAUCCAAGCGCAGAUCGCGAAAGCUCAGUACAACCUCAGGGAGUUCGAACAAGUGGAAGUUAUAUUCGAGGAGCUUUUACGAAACGACCCUUACAGAAUCGAGGACAUGGACAUGUACUCCAACGUGCUUUACGCCAAAGAAUGCUUUUCCGCACUUAGCUAUCUCGCUCACCGAGUUUUCUUAACCGAUAAGUACCGGCCAGAGUCGUGUUGCAUAGUAGGUAAUUAUUACAGCUUAAAGGGGCAGCAUGAAAAAUCGGUCAUGUAUUUUCGGAGGGCUUUAAAAUUAAAUAAGAAUUAUUUAUCCGCAUGGACACUGAUGGGCCAUGAGUAUGUGGAGAUGAAAAAUACAUCGUCAGCCGUUGAUGCCUAUCGACGUGCGGUGGAUAUCAACCCGUGUGAUUAUCGGGCUUGGUACGGUUUAGGGCAAGCAUACGAGAUGAUGGGGAUGCCUUUUUACGCUCUUCAUUAUUUUAAAAAAUCUGUUUUCUUGCAGCCGAGUGAUUCUCGGCUGUGGAUUGCUAUGGCUCAGUGUUACGAAACCGAACAGCUUCACAUGCUUGAGGAGGCCAUUAAGUGCUAUGAACGAGCUGCUGAUUGUAAUGACAGGGAAGCUAUUGCCUUGCACCAGCUGGCGAAGCUUCAUUGUGAGCUUGGCCGAGCUGAUGAGGCCGCGUUUUAUUACAGGAAGGAUUUGGAGAGGAUGGAGGCUGAGGAGAGAGAAGGACCGAACAUGGUUGAGGCUUUGAUGUAUUUGGCUCAGCAUUGUAAGGCUCGGAAGAAAUUUGAUGAGGCCGAGGUUUACUGUACCCGCCUUCUUGACUACACUGGCCCUGAGAAGGAAACUGCUCGGGAUCUUCUAAGUGGAAUCAGAUAUGCAAGGGAUGUCGAGCAUUUCCCGCCAUAAAAUCUGUCCAUUUCCAGAUUUUAGUAACUGAAUUCGAGAAAGAAAACAAAAGCAGACAAGAUUCGAAAUCGCCCGAGUUCAAAAUCUGCAUACUUCAACAGUUUCAAUGUGUCAGCAACCUUCAUGUAUUUAUCGGGUUUUGGUUUGUUUAACUAUAGAGUCAAUCGGUAGUUCUCCUCUGCCUCUUGUUUUGAAGUAUCUUCAUCGAAAUUUAAUCUGUAACAUUAAGAGCAUUUCUUUUGAAUGCCUAUACUCUUAUUUAUCAGCUUGUCGAAAACAUCAAUGAGAAAUUUGAAGCAGUGUCUGCAACACCUAACUCUAUCAUAAACUUACCAUUGUCAAUCCUACUCGAACCUCUCGUCUAUUUAAUCGAGUCAUUGGAGAAAAUCUUUUUCCUUUACUGCAUUUUAUUUUUUGCUUCAAAAUUCUGAAUGGAAAAUGAGUUAAU